CUUUUCUGAAACCAUUUUCGCUUCAAGCCGUCCCGCCAACCCUUUGAUUUGAGUUCCCGCACUUCCGCCGCAACAAACAACCCCGCAAAAUCAUCGACUCUCAAUACAAGCAAUGCCGUUGCGCGACAUCCUCCAUAAGAAAGACAAGCUUAACAGCUCCGACAAUCAAUAUGCCACAAACACGAUAGAAACUCAUGAAAACUCCGUGCCUGAGAUCAGAUUCGUCCGCUCGGAUACCACCACCCAGGAUAUCAUCAUCCCACCCAGCCACCAGGAUGAUGAAAGCUAUCUAGCCUCAGCGCGGCCAUCCUCUUCCUCAUCGCAUCGGAAAUCGCUGAAUCCAUUCCAUCGCUCGAGGUCUCCUUCCGAAUCGGGGGAACUAGCAUCGCCAACUCGCCCGCGAGGAGAGAGACGGUUGUCGCAUUUGUUGCGUCGUGAUCGGCGAGCUUCCUCGGCUUCCGCCAACAUCCCAUCGGACCUUCCGCAGAUAGAACCCAAUACUGGCGACGAGCAGGAUCGGGAAGCGCAAUGGGAGAAGCGAGCAACUUUCCUGGCGCAGCAUAGCCCGCAACCUGGAUCAUCACCUGGUCAUUCACCUGCUCCAUCAAUAGGCCUUGGUUCGGAUAGUAUACGGCCUCGGUCCCGGAGUUCCAGCCAUAGUCGGAUCAACGAUCCGCAAGGUGAUGUCAAUAUCCAAGAGGCAAUCCGACUCCAUGAAGCUGGUGAUCUGGAGUUGUCAACAAACAUGUUUGGCCGACUAGCGGACCCGAAUGGCGCCAAUAAUGCGCUUAGCCAGGUGCUUUACGGCCUUGCGUUGAGGCAUGGCUGGGGCUGCACCCCUGACCUCGAAAAGGCGAUAAUAUAUCUUUCAGCUGCAGCGUCAAACUCGGCGUCGAUUGAGGCCGAAGCUCUCGAGGCAGGCCUCAAGAAAGGCGGCGCCGCUAAGGGCGAGCUUGUCCUAGCUAUUUUCGAAUUAGGAAAUUGCUUUCGCAACGGCUGGGGCGUCAAGAAGGACCCAGCAGCGGCGCGGCAGUACUUUGAGACAGCUGCCAACCUGGGCGAUGCAGAUGCCAUGAAUGAAGCUGCCUGGUGCUAUCUCGAGGGAUUCGGAGGCAAAAAAGACAAAUUUGCGGCCGCUAAAUACUACCGAUUGGCUGAAGGACAAGGAAACAAGAUUGUGGGAAAUUCUUGGAUUUGGAAAGACAAAUACAAUCCGAAAUAAACCCGCCAUUCUCCCCACGAGAUGCCUCAGCCUUGUAAAACCGCGAGUGACCGAGGCGCUUCACCGUAGCCCUAUCACAGCCCCCGCAGUCCCAGCCGGGCAGCCAUUCUGAAUAUGGGUCCAAAAUUCUGGGUUUGGCUCUGGGGCUGAAAAUGCAUAGUCACAUCAUCGUGCUGCAAUCGCAUAUGGCGGCCCCGGAAACAAAACAGUUGAAUCCUGGUGCCCAGCACUGUCUCUUACCAGCCAA